GGCUGGUUGUUUAUGCAGCUUGUGAGUGGCUACCUGUACUUAUGUCGCAUGCUCAGGUGCAACGACCUUUUGAUGACUAUAGUGAUGAAUUGAACAUUCAUUUUCGUAAUUUACCACUUCUCUCUCGACUAGCUCGAAAAGUUCUACUGUUUGUGAUCAAACUUGCUCCUGAGGGUAGAUUAAAGAAGCAACUGUUGGCAUAUAUUCCUAGUCUGCAGAAAAAGACUUCAUGCAGGAAUGAACCGAUACUUACCAUAUAUAGUCUGUCUGAGAAGGAGACUAAACAGUUUGUUGACUUACUGGAAGAGGUACUGAAAGAAGUUUGCAAAAGACAGAGAGAAUGCACUGACAUUCAAUCAACACAAAAUGACAAGUACUUACUGGACCAGCGAAGUGGAAGUCCUCUCUUGUUUGAUGAACAGUCUAGCUGUGAGGAAUCCCACACAUUCAAAGUGAAGUUGGAAGUUGACAAUACAAACUCAGGGAAGCUGCAAAAUGAUGGAUUUCAUACAUUGUCCCCAGCAAGACAUCAGGACAGUUUCAAAACAGUAAACAGUCCAGCAAUAAGCAACAGCAGUGCGACAAAGACUUACAACAUAUCCAGUGAUGACAAGGUUAAAGCAGUGUCUUCUGAUGAAAAUGACAAAAUGUACAGCUUGCUUAGUGAAACAGCUAGUGAAACAGAUGAUGAUGUGCUACUAGUAAAGGCAAAACCUAGUAGUGAUUUAUUUAGCAGCUAUGACAGUGAAAGCAAUGAAAGUAACAAAGAUUCGACAAUAAUAUCAAGUAAAACAUUGUCUGUAGAAUGUCAGGAGAGCACUAGUGACAAUGAUGUACCAAUCUCAAGGCUGUUUAGGCAUGCUCGUCACAUUAUAUAUAGUGAUGAAAGCUCUGACUCAGAUGACAUUUGGAAACCAUUGCGAAAGAAAAGAGUGCGUAGUAGAAGAAAGAGAACAAUGGCUAUAGCAAACUUUGAGGAAUCUCACGACGAAUUUAACACAACAGCCAGUGUUAAGUCCACUCCACUGAUUCAAGGUAAAAGAACACCGGUGCUUCGGAUAGCACCCAUUUUACCAUUAGGAGUAUACAAACCUUCACAGAGAGUCAAUAUCCCUGUAACCCAAUCUAUGACAACCACAGAUCAGAAGAGUCUCAUUGACUUGCAACAAGUCGAGACAGUCCAAAAAAGAGGUGAUUGUGUCAGAAUUUCUUCUCGUAAAUCCAAUCUUCAAUCUAAACAGACAACUUCUUCUCAACUAGUCUGUUUAAAGUUUCAGAUGCCAUCUAUUACAUCUCUUGUCAAUAGACACAGCUCUACUUUGCACAAUGCACAUUCUGAUGACAAACAAGUUGAGGUACCUGAUGAUAUUCAUUUUCCAAAUGAAAGGAUUACAAGUGUGACUAAAGUUAAAAUACUAGAAACCAUUGAUCAAGACAUAGAAACUAAGCUGGAGAAUGGCAUAGAUCAAAUCAAGGAGCAAUCCUAUGGUAGUGACUAUAAUAUCACUGACUAUUUGUUGGAUGACAAUGAUCAAGAUAUUAUGGCAUUUUUUGAUGAGUGGGAAUACACUGAUCCAGAGACUGUUAAUGAAAUGAACAGAUUUGAUUCAAUGAGUUGUGUUGCAGCUGAUCUCACUGAACAGGUAGAAAAUGCAAGUUUAUCUAAGGAAACCAAACCACUCGACAAGACACAAGAAGACACUGGCCUGGAAAUUGAAGAGACCAUUGGGAAACAUGAGACAAAACAACAUGAAACAAAACAAGUGCAGAAAUCUACUUCCAUCCAGCAACCAGAAUUUAAAGUUCCAGCUGUGCCUACAGCAGUGUCUACAUUAGACAAGCAACGGUCUCUGUCACAGAGUUUCUUGCCAUCUACUGGAGCAAAAAGUGUGACAAGUGUAUUACCUAAUCCUACAUUGCCAAGUCAGGUGCAAACAAGACCCUUCCGUCAGUUGACAGUAGAUGAUUUACUACUUGAAGUCUUGUCCUGGGACCCGAACUAUGUAACUCAAUAUGGACAACAGAAUGGCAUCAACUCAGUAAAGCCUCCUCAUAAUUUGACAAGACUGGUGCAAGUUUCAGAUAUGUUUUUAUCAUUUCAAACAUAUCUUGAUGCAUUUCAGUCACUUUUGUGCCUCGAGUUGUGGGAAAUCAUGACAAGAGGACUGCUACAGAAACAGUGUAAGAAACCUCUCUUUCUAGCUGUUGUAACAAAUGUCCACCAAAGUGCUGAUCAGGCCAUUUCCUCUCUUUGUUGUGAAGGACAAAUAUUGUUUGAUGACAGCCAAACGUGGAACCAUAUUGUGAAUGGAGAUCUUGUUAUGGUCACUGUUGUGAAAUCUCCUCUACGCCCAAUAAAAUGUCCACCUGUUCUUGCAAUAGUUGAACACGUAGAGAAACAUUUAGGAUCAGCAUUGGAUACAUCAUCUAUGAGCCAGUGCUCACAACCAGGUGAAGAAAAUAUGACUGUGACUUUGAAGAUGAGGCAAUGUCACUGGAUGUCUAAGAAUAAGGAAACUGUGGAGCUGAAGUUUGUUGAGUCACUAAUGACAGCAAAGAGGCAAUGGCUAGGACUGAUUGUAGCCUAUAAAAACUUGCUAAUCAAGGAUAUUCUCUGUCCUUCAUGUCCACAACAUUUCUGCUCUGAAGAGGCAGUAUCUAAACCUGAAAUGCUAACAACGCCGUACAAUCAAUUCAAUAUAUUUAAUGAGUCACAAUCUCAGGCUAUUGUUGCUGCCACCUUGUCUAGUCUGAAGGUGUAUUCACUUCCAAGAAUCUGUCUGCUACAGGGUCCACCAGGUACAGGGAAAACUCAUACUGUCAUAGGCGUACUGAAGACAAUUCUGCAGGAAGGACAACAGAACACGAGUGGCAAAGUUCGUGUGCUGCUUUGUGCACCCUCGAAUGGAGGAAUUGAUGAACUAGUUCGAAGACUCAUUCCAGAAAUAAAGCUUUGCAUUGGUAGAAAACAGGUGGAAGGUCCAACUGGCCAUGUAUUUUCUCAAGACACUCAGAUUGUUCGCAUUGGGAGGCCAUCUGCUAUCCACUCUGAUGUCAAGCCAUUUAGUUUAGAUUCUUUAGUCGAUCAGAGAUUGUCACAGGAGGUAGCAGCAUUAGAAAAUCAAGCCGUAACUAAUUUAAGAGCAGAGCGUGAAAAUAUUGAGCGUCAGCUGGAUGAGGUGGAAAAGAACGUAAUGAUUCAGAAGGGUCGCAGAAUGCUUAGCAGAGAACCACAGUCGACUGUUGAGGUCAGUCGUUUAGAGGAGAUGAAAGCACAGCUUCUUGAUCGCAGGGCACAUACUGAACGCCAGUGUCGUCAAAUUAGAGGGAGGGUAAAAGAUCUUCAACGACAGAGAUCACGGAUAAUGAGGGACAUUAUACUACAGGCUGAUAUAGUUUGUUGCACUCUGUCUGGUAGUGGCAGUCAUCAUCUGAGUAAUAUACUGAAGAACAGAAGAGGAGUGAAUGCUUUGCCUCAUUUCUCUUGUGUAGUUGUUGAUGAAGCAGCUCAAUGUUGUGAACUUGACAUUUUAAUUCCAUUGCAGUAUGGCUCAUCAAAGCUUAUUCUUGUUGGUGAUCCACAACAACUACCAGCUACAGUAUUUUCACAGAAAGCCGAGUCUUUUGGUUAUGGGAGAUCAUUGUUUGAGCGUUUCUAUGAUUGUUUCCAAAGGACCAGGGAUAAGUCACCAAUAUUGAUGUUGAAUACACAGUAUCGCAUGCAUCCGGCCAUUUGCAGCUUUCCAUCCAAGAGGUUCUACAAUAACAGACUCAAAUCAUGCAGUUCUCUGAGUGAGACAAAAGGCUGGAAAUUCAGGCCCUGGUUGGUCUUUAAUAUGUUGAAGGGAAAAGAAGAGUGCAGUGUGCCAGGGGCAAUAAGCAACCUUGUAGAAGCAGAAAUGGUUAUUGAACUGUGUGGUGUAAUAAGCAAAUCAGUCAGUGAAUUUCGUAUUGGAGUAAUUACACCAUACAAUCAUCAACGACGGCUGAUUUCAGGGAAGUUGAAGAAUCUAGGACAGCAUGAAAUAGAAGUGAACACAGUUGAUGGAUUCCAAGGGCGAGAAAAAGAUGUCAUACUGUUGUCUUGUGUGAGAGCCAGGCAAACAGCAGGAGGAAUUGGCUUUCUUUCGCAUCGACAGAGGCUUAAUGUUUCUUUAACAAGAGCAAAGAAGACUCUUGUUGUUAUUGGGCAUUUGGAAUCUCUCCAAGUGAAUGCAGACUGGCAAGCAUUAUUUAAUGAUGCCACGGAGCGUCAUGUUGUAGUAGAUGUUGAUGACACAAAUUAUAGUGAAGCAGCUAAAGCUUUGCUGUUGUCUGGUAAAUUGAACCCUAGAGAACACUCUGGACUGCAGGUACGCCCCAUUGAUUCCACAAAGCAUCCUUCAGUGGCUGCAGUCAAGCCACAGCAACAUAGUCAGAGUGAUCAGGAGAACACUGCAGUCCCAGUAAGUCAGCAGAGAAAUUUCAACAAAGAACCACAAAAAGAAAACUCUAAAAUAUUGCACUCUCAUGACCCUGUAACAACGACAGAUCUCAAGGAUGCCCCUGUGAAACAGAGUAGUACUGACAGUUGUUCACCUGUUAAGUCAAAGGAAUUAUCAUCAGUAAUUACAUGCAAUAAUGUCAUGAUGAGUUCUCAUAUUGAAACUGUAUCUGCACCAUCUUGUCUUGUAAAGGUACGGAGUACAGCUAAGAAACCUGCCCAUAAGGUGGAUAUUCAGAGGAAAACUUUAUGUGAAGUCCUCAAAGAGCGAUUUACAGAUGACUUGGACAAUCCAUCAGUAUCACCAAGUUUUAGGCCACAUAGUGAUAUUGAAAAAUCAUCAUCUCUAAAGCAAAGACAUGGUCUAAGUCUAGCUGACACUUCCAAGUCAGUGUUCUAUCAGGCAGUCACUCAUAGCUCAACUGCUCAAAACAAAUCCAGUGCACAGACACAGAAACUGCAACACACGUGUCAGUUAAAUGUUCCAAGGGUGAAACCUCCAAAGCAAAGAGUAAGCAUCCCCUUAACAAACAGUGACCAGGCUACAGUGAAGUCUCUGUCAACUGGAUGGUGUAGCUUAAUACCUCCUAUUGAAAAGAGGUAUAAUUCAGCGAGUAAAAGUGAUACAAAGUCAACAAAACUAAGAACUUUUCGGUCCCGGCCAGCAAACAAACGAUUGUCAACAUUAAAUGCUCCCAAGCAACUUCCUAAACGUACAAAGAGGUCUGAGAAAUCAACUAAUAGCUUUGGAAAUAGACCAACUAUUGAAUCAACGUAUGAAGGCAAGGGAUAUACAGUCCUCUUGAAGCCUCAUGAAAGAGUAGCACAUGCUCAAGCAGCAACAGCAAGUAAGCGGAAAGCGUUUCUUCAUUCCAACUAUUACCCAAGACCUAAACAGCCAACCAUAGUUGACAGUGCUUCUACAGCUCAAAGCAGGGAAAUACAAGGUACUCCUAAGCAGACUGGCCACAGUGCAACCAACCGAUCAUCGACAGAUGUGUUGGGUAGUAUCAUAAGUGAUAUGCGGAAGGAUCCUAGCUAUGGCUAAAUGUUGGAGUGAAUUCUUAGUUAUAGUUGUAGUUCUGAAUGCUGUUCAAUGGAGCUGCAAUCUUGCACUGCACUGUUGGAAACAACAGCCUCAUUUGUGUUUCAGAAACUCUUAAAAUUUAGUAUUAUAGUUGUACUUUGUAAUACAUAAUCAGUUUCUUAAGUCUCCAUAGUGACCUUGUCAUCUUUCCGUGAUCUUGAUGUAGAAUUUACUAUUUCACGUCUGA